CAUUGGAGCUGACCUUAUCUAGCUCAUUGCCGCUAAAUUUCGAGCUGCUAGUGCAAGCUAGCUAGAAGCAGCAGGUAGCAAUGGCGGAAACUUGCACCUUAGCGCUACUCGUCGCGCUGGUGGUGCUCUCACUUCUUGUGAACCCCAUUGCUUGCCAGAGCUCCUCCCGCAAGCUUGCCGCCAAGCCUGUAGUCAAACCCGCUGCUUCGGCCGCCUACGGCUCAGCAGGUGGCUGGUUAGCCGCCGGCGCGACGUAUUACGGAAGCCCCAACGGCGACGGAGGGGAAGGUGGCGCGUGCGGAUACCAAACCGCUGUCGGGCUACCGCCGUUCUCGUCGAUGAUCUCCGCCGGAAGCACACCACUGUUCUUGAAAGGUUUGGGCUGCGGUGCCUGCUAUAAUGUUAUGUGCUCGAGUCACAAGGCCUGCUCUGGCAAGCCUGUGACCGUCGUCAUCACCGACUUGAGCCCCGGCAAUCUCUACCCCGGCGAGCCAGCCCAUUUCGACAUGAGCGGCACCGCCUUGGGCGCCAUGGCCAAGCCUGGCAAGGCCGACCAACUCCGUAACGGUGGUGUCAUCAGAGUCCAGUACAAGAGGGUGCCAUGCAAGUACCCUGGCGUGAAGAUUACCUUCAGGGUGGACCAGGGAUCCAACCCGUUCUACUUCAAGACCCUGAUCGAGUUCCAGAACGGCGACGGUGACCUCAAGGCCGUCGCCCUCAAGCAGGCCGGCAGCCGCUCCUGGAUGCCCAUGGCGCAUGACUGGGGUGCAUUGUGGCGCUGCAACAAUGGCCAGAGGCUGCGCGGGCCCUUCUCGCUCCAGCUCACCUCCGGCUCCGGGAGGAAGCUCCUCGUCAACAACGUCAUCCCUGCCAACUGGAGUCCCGGGGGCACGUACCGCUCCUUGGUCAACUACCCCUGAAUACACAGCUUUAUCUUUUCUUCUUCAUUUUUUUUCCCAUUGCAUCAUGCUUGGCCAACAAGUGUGCGAGGUGUGUGUGUGGUAAUUAAUCCGUGUGUGAAUUUAUACCACGGGAAAAAUGUGCAUCCCGGUGCUACCGAAAAUAAUUCAAUAACCAGAGC